UUGUAUGUCGAUGUUUAGCGAUGGUUGGCAUGUCGCAUCUUGGCAAGUCAGCAAGUUAUUUUACGUAACCUAGUACUAACUAUACAAAGCAUAUGUUGUGGUAUUGUCUGGCUAUUUCUGCUAUUAAAUAUCUUGAAAAUGGACUAAUCCUUUUGCGUUACAAGUGAAACCAAACUGGUUAGGCUAUGCGUUGGAAGGAAUGGUUUGUGGACGAAACAAUUUGGGCACAGAGUGAACUAUUUAAAAUGCGGUGAAGGUGCAAUUGCUUUGACUAUAAUGGUGGAUCAAAUGUAAACUUCCAUAAUUCUACCUGAAGUUUGAAUGUUCUUCGUACGUCUGUAGUCAGUACACUAUAUUUUGCAAAUUAUCGUCAACAGUUUUAUUUCACCUCUUCAUUCCUGAUGAGCCAAUGCCACUCAUUGACGGAGGUGAUAUAAACUUGUCAAAGUGGAAUGGAAUUUUUUUGGCUACCUUAAAGAAGGUUGCUAAAGAAGUGCAGCCAGAUCUUGAGAUUGAAAAUGAAGCCAUAAAAUAUGUGGAAAAGUUAAUAAUACAGCUUCUUGGUCACUUAUGUAUUGUCCACCCACAUUCUUGUAAAGAUGUCGAGGACAGGGUUAAGAAGACAUUUCCACAGCCAAUUGACCAAUGGUGCAUUGAUGAAGGACAACAGGCUGUUGAUAAAGGAAAGAAAAAAAAUCCACUUGUGUUGCCAGUUGAUAAGAUACAUCCACUUUUACAAAAGGAAGCAUUAGGAUAUAAAAUUGACUAUCCUGUAUCAAUGUACAUAGUUGCUGUUCUGGAGUACAUCUCUGCUGACAUAUUGAAACUUGCUGGUAAUUAUGUGCAAAACAUUCGUGAUACUGUGAUCACUGAACAACAUGUUAAAGUGGCAUUGUGUGCUGAUAAGGUUUUGUUAGAAAUGUUUGAGAGUGACGAUCUAGAAACAUCAUCAGUGGAUGAGUCCAUUGAAGAUCGUCCAUACACACAUCAAGAUAUUGUAAAAGACAUGAUGGUUGUUGAAAGACAGUACAUACGAACUUUAAAUAUGAUAAUAUGGGUUUUUAGACAAUCCUUCGUUGAAGCUGGUGACAUUUUUACGGAAGAGGAUAUUCAAGAGAUUUUCGCCAACAUUUUAGACAUUUAUGAGUUUACAGUGAUGUUCCUUGGUUUGCUUGAGAAUGCCGUAGAAAUGGCUGAUCAGGAUCCAGCAAAUGUUGCUCCAAUAGGGGAGUGUUUUGAAGACAUGACAGAGAUGCAAGCGUUUGACUGCUACGAGACUUACUUAAACGAGAGAACAAAACCAUCUGCUCAAGAUAAAUUGUAUCGUAAACUUGGUGUUUGUGGUCUCCUUGAACAACGGCUAAAGCAACAGGAUGUCGUUCAAUACUUUCAGUCCAAAGGUCCAAAUUUCUACGAUGCAGUAAGAUAUGUGUUACCAAGACUACUUUUGGAACCCAUUGGACAUUGUCUUCAUUACAUUGAUCUCAUAAAGACUAUGUUGAAAACAACGCCUAGUGAAAAGGAAAGAAGAAGUCUAAGUGAGGCGCUGAGCGUCAUUCAAGGACUUCAAAGAAACAUUGAUGGCAUGAUCUCUACAGGAAAUGCUGCUCGACGAAAAUCUGACGAGAAAUUUUCAAAGAUUCAAAGGAAAAAACCAGCAUUGGGGAAACCUCCAUUACGAAAACUUCGUGAAUUACAAAAGAACAUCGAAGGAUGGGAGGGUAAAGAUAUUACUCAGUUAUGUACCGAGAUUAUAAAAGAUGGCACUCUUACUAAAAUCUCAAAAGGGAGCAGAACAUCGGAAAGACGAGUUUUUCUGCUUGAUAAUUUGAUGAUAUUUUGUAAACAGAAUACGCGACAUUCCUCAUCCGGGCCAUUUCCAGAAUAUCGCUUCAAGGAAAAAAUAUUCGUGCGAAAAUCGGACGUGAAAGAACUCGAAGACACAACCGAUCUGAAACAUAUGGUGGACAUAGUGGAUAGAGACGGUCCUACCAUAACGAUAAAAUUUAAAACUUUUCAAGAAAAAGAUGAAUGGAUGUCUUCUAUAAUGAGUGUUUAUUUAAAAAGUACAUUGGAUAGAAUUCUCGAUAAAAUACUUCGUGAUCGUGAACAAGCAACUCCAUUACGUUUACCAAGUGUCGAAGAUUACUGCUUUUCGGUAGAAGACACAGAAGAUAAUAUAGUUUUUGAAGAAAAGCAGAAUUCUGGCGGAGUUCCCAUUAUUAAAGGCGGUACCUUAGUUAAAUUAAUCGAACGACUUACUUAUCAUAAAUAUUCAGAUCCGAGUUUUUUAAAGACAUUUCUUACAACAUAUCGAUCAUUCUGUACACCACAUACUCUAUUGGACAUGCUCAUAACAAGGUAUAAUAUUCCCGAACCUCCUCCAACCGAACACGAUAAAGAACAGAUAGAACGAGGCUCUCUUAUCGUGAGAGAAGAUUUAAAGAGAUUUCGCAAAGAAUACUCACAACCUGUAGCUUUAAGGGUACUCAAUGUUAUUCGACAAUGGGUUGACAAUCAUUACUACGACUUUUCACGUGAUCCAGAGCUUCUUCUGAAGUUAAAAACCAUGCUUUCAAGUGUCAAUGGUCGUGCUGUAACCAAGUGGGUUGAUAGCAUCAAUCGGAUCAUUGAGAGAAAGCAAGAAGAUAUGCAGAGAGCACGAGAUAUUACCUUUGCUCGUGAUCCUCCAAAUAUUGAAUGGCACAUUGCUGUUGAUCCUGAAAAAUUCGACAUUUUAACGCUUCACCCUAUUGAAAUAGCUCGCCAACUUACCAUUAUUGAAUCGGAACUUUACAGGGCCGUCCAGCCGUCGGAGUUGGUCGGAAGUGUAUGGACUAAAGACGCUGUAAAACAUCAAACAUCACCAAAUUUACUAAAACUUAUUAAACAUUCAAAUACUAUAACCUACUGGUUUAUGAAAAGUCUGCUAGAAAUGGAAAAUUUAGAGGAAAGAGUUGCAAUUUUAAGUCGGAUUGUUGAUAUUCUCAUGGUUUUUCAAGAACUCAACAAUUUCAGUGGAGUAAUGCAAGUUCUUAGUUGUAUGGAAUCAGCUGCCAUCAAUCGUCUUCAACAUACUUUUGUUGAACUGUCUGAAAAAAGAAAAUCGGCCAUCGAUGCUGCGAAAGAGUUAAGUGCUGACCAUCACAAGAAAUAUGUUGAAAAGUUACGAUCAAUAAAUCCACCAUGUAUUCCUUUUUUUGGUAUGUACCUCACGAACAUUUUAAAAAUUGAAGAUGGUAAUCCUGAUUUUCUACCAAAUCAUCCAGAGGGUAUGAUUAAUUUUAGUAAAAGACGAAGAGUUGCUGAAAUAACAGCUGAAAUACAACAGUACCAAAACCAACCUUAUUGUUUAAAUGAAGAACCAACAAUCCGUGAUUACUUGCUUUCUCUUGAUCCCACUGAAAAUCGUUCUGAUAAGGAACUCGAAGAUUAUUUCUACGAUGCGUCUUUGAAAAUGGAACCAAGGAAUUGUAAACAGCUGCCAAAGUUUCCUCGAAGAACAGACUACAAUUUAAAAGGUCCCGGUAUUAAAGCACAACGUUAUUCAACAUUGGUUAUGGCAACUUUACGUAAAGGAUCUCAGUUGUCCAUAUCUACAAUAUCUGAAGAAAAGGAAACAAUAAUACCAUCGACCCCCACAGAAGUUACAUCACCACUGUAUUCACCAAGCAGUGUAUCAGAAGACGAUAGAAUCAUAUGGCCAUCCUCAAAUGAUGUUAUCAACGAACCAAACGAUGAUCCAUUUGAACCAAAAACAGAGCCUGAACCCCCUGACAUUCCACCUCGUAAACAAAGACCUAGGUCAGAGCGAAUUCAAACGACUCAGUUUCGUGAGAGCGAGCCAUCUCCUGCACCACCUCUUCCUCCAAAAUCUCCACACACUUUACGAAAAAGUCAUACUCAUCAUUCGUUUUUCCCCAUAAAUAUUGAUAUGACAGAAGCUAUUAGCGUCGAUUCCAUUUUAGAAAAUAAAGACAGUGAGCCGCCACCUCUUCCCCCUCGUGCAAGAUCUUCGUCCUCUACUUCUACACUACGUAAUACAAACACUUCAGAUGAUCUGGAAUUCGAUUCUGAUGCACCACCAGCUUUGCCUCCAAAGCGUAUAUCAAGACAUUAAAAGUAAUAAACAUGGAAAUUGCUAUAGACCCUUUCUUAACCAUCUUCCCAAUACGAAUCCGACAUUUUGCAAGUCAUUCGUAUAUAUAAGAUGCAUGUUUUUCAACACACUGGCUCAGGAUUUAGGAUUAUGAUGACACUCACUUUGGCCAUAUCUUUUUGAUUUUUUGUGAGAGGUCAUCGUGGAUAACGAAAGUAAUGCAAGUCAAGAUUCGGUUAAAGGGAUCAAUUUUGUGAAUUUCGAGAAGACGGAAUUAUUCAUCGUCGUUGAACUGAAUAUAAAACUGGAGAGCUUUUUUUUGGUUUUUGGUAAUCAUAUCUUUUUAAGAUUGAAGCAAUAUUUUAAGUGAUAUCCGGCACUUUAGCUAGCAUUUACACACUUUCUUACUGACCGUGAAGACUUGCACAUCAAACAGCUUUCAAUAUGAACAUUCCAGUGGUAUUUUCAUUUCAUCCGUAAAACGACUAAACAUGACUAUACACUGACCAACACAAGGGAAUUUUUAUGAAAAACGAUGUAUAGAUACAACUAAUAGUUGUAAACGAAUAUUCUCAUUUCGACAUAGCUCAUUGUUUUAUCUUUCUUAAGGUGAUUGACGUCUUUAGGACAAAUGAAUUUGUUAUAAAAUAUUAUCGAAUGCACUGUUAUGGGAAAGUUGCACACAAAAGACCCAAAGUAAAAUAUGCCACUCUAGUUAAUUGUCGCUUCUUUUAUAUAAUUGAACAAAAUUGUGAAAUAUUUCAUUAGAAAAUAAUUUUACUGGCCAAUGAAAAGAAAAAAAUCCCACGUGUUGCAAAAAAUCCCUGCUGUCAUGCUAGUUUUAAAAUAACAAUAUCAAUUAUGAUUUUUGGUUGCGUCAUUUAGAAAUAGAAUUUUUUAAAUAAUGAAAUCAAUAAAAUUUUUGUGUAAUUUGUAUUUUAUCUCACACGCGUGAAAAUGUCGACGAAUAUAAUGUCAUUAUCAAUAUAAACUGCUUUAUUCCCCCAUUAUAACGCGUGUGAAUUGAUUCCACACAAACAUUACCUUCUAAAGUAAAUGUAGAAGUCUUUGUUGAAAUGUCAAAGAAUAAGAAUUACUACCGUAAACAUUGGUCUUCAUUAUUUUUUUCUAAUUUGUAGUGUUUCAAAGCCCCACCAUAGUUUGAUUGUAAAAAUAAUAUGGAAGCCAUUAGAAUUACGUAUAGCCUUACCCACCAGUAUUUGUAAAUUAAGCAUAACACAACACAAAGAAAUACAACCCAGUAGGAAAAUAAUAAUAUCAUUUGAUGAAGAA